AUGGCGACGAGCGAGAAGAAGGGCUUCACAGCCACUCUGUAUUUCUUCCUUCUUACGACCAUGUCCCUAGUCGGGGAAUUCCCUCUUAAGGCUGUUUUUGGGAACGCAGCCCCUCUUUUGCAGAGAUAUGAAGAUGGGAAUGAGCAUGGUUACAGCAGAGCCUUCAAUGCCAUUUAUGAUACGUCCAAGUACGGGAUUUUGCAGCUCCAGAAUGGCUUGGCAAGAACUCCUCCGAUGGGAUGGAAUAGCUGGAAUUUCUUUGCAUGCAACAUCAACGAGACAGUGAUCAAGGAAACAGCUGAUGCCCUUAUCUCAACUGGCCUGGCCAACUUGGGUUAUACAUAUGUCAAUAUAGAUGAUUGUUGGUCUAAGGUCACACGAGAUGCAAAGGGCCAAAUGGUUCCUGAUCCGAAGACCUUUAAUUCUGGGAUCAAGGCUCUUGCAGACUAUGUUCACUCGAAAGGCCUGAAGCUUGGUAUCUAUUCUGAUGCUGGGAAAUUUACUUGUCAAGUUCGCCCAGGAUCGAUUUUCCAUGAAAAAGAAGAUGCAAUGUCAUUUGCUUCAUGGGAUGUGGAUUAUCUGAAGUAUGAUAACUGUUUCAAUCUGGGCAUCGAACCCAAAAAAAGAUACCCACCAAUGCGUGAUGCUCUAAAUGCAACUGGACGAUCAAUUUUCUACUCAAUCUGUGAAUGGGGUGUGGAUGACCCGGCCUUAUGGGCUGGAAAAGUUGGCAACAGUUGGCGUACAACAGAAGAUAUCAAUGACACAUGGGUAAGCAUGACUAAUAUUGCUGAUUUGAAUGACAAGUGGGCGGCUUACGCUGGACCUGGUGGAUGGAAUGAUCCGGAUAUGUUGGAAGUUGGCAAUGGAGGCAUGACAUACAAAGAAUAUCGUUCUCAUUUUAGCAUAUGGGCUUUGAUUAAGGCCCCUCUAUUGAUUGGGUGUGAUAUAAGAAACAUGACUGCAGAAACUAAGGAGAUUUUAAGCAACCAGGAGGUCAUUGCGGUAAACCAAGAUCCACUUGGGGUUCAGGGAAGGAAAGUGCAUAGCAAUGGAACUGAUGGUUGCCAGCAGGUUUGGGCUGGCCCUUUAUCUGGGAAUAGCUUGUCUGUUGUUCUGUGGAAUAGAUGUAUGCAGGCUGCAACUAUAACAGCUGAAUGGAAUGUGAUUGGGCUUGAAGCCGGCACUAGUGUCUCAGUGAGGGACCUCUGGCAGCACGAAGUGGUUCUCAACAAUGCAGUGACAUCAUUUUCUGCUCAACUUGAUGCUCACGACUGCCGGAUGUACGUUUUAACCCCUCAGGCAGCCCUCAUGGGGAACGUUAUGUAG